UUAACAGAAAUAAGCUUUGCUAAUGUUAUCCAUUUGUGUUGAUUGUACUUAAUGAUUGGAACUUAGAGCAACUAAGUCUGUAGGUCAAAUAAAAACACUAAAAUAAAAUGAAUUGCUCAACAUUUUUUAUAUUAUACAUUUGUAACAUUUAUUAGACAUUAUAUCAUUUAACUUCAAUAAGAUGAUAUUGAGAAAAUAGAACUCAACAGAAAUGCAAAACAAUUAUUGUUACCGCCCACGACCUAACCAAAGGCAACACUUUUCUGAACAAGGGUAACCACCAAACUCAAAAAUAUAACUAACUCUUUAAAACUUUUAAGAUAAAUGAACAUUAAACACUAACAAGUGUUUCUUUUAACUGAAAAGUGCACAAUAUAAAACACUUAUUUAAGAAAAUAACUCUCAAAAUGCAGUGUACGCAAAGCAUGCUGGGAAAUAUAAGUCCUCUGCCCUAUUAUAACUAUUUUAUGUUAACACAACACAACUCCUUUAUGUUGUCCCAACAUGAAUGGAUUCAGUUAUAUGACUAAACAUAAAACAAUCAUGUUGUAACCAUAUUUUCCAAAAGUUGUGUUGAUUUAACUUAAGCAAGUUAAGUAAAUUGAACAGGCAGCAAAAACAUUUUUUUUGAGUGUACUCACUGAAGUGUCCUCGAGGAGAAGAAUGUGUGGGUCAAAGUAUGAACGUGUACCUCUACAAAUCAGGCUACCAUACCAAGGUAUUACAUGUUGUUAAUUAGAUAUUUAUUAUUACAGUUGGAAUAAUUAAAUACAAUUAAAUGAAUUGUUAUUAAGUAAAUACACCAACAUAUUUUUUUUAUUGCAGGUUCGUCAUGUUUGUGACGUUUCCGGCUGGUACUGUAUAUUAACAGAGGUCCUGUGCUGCGGACCAUGUACAAAAGCAGCCAGGGGUGGUGGUAGUUGCAAGGUGGGCAGGUGGUUGGCGUGGGAUUCUGCCAUUCUUUGUCAACUCAGUGAGGCUCACCAAGGCAUGUUUCCUGUUAUUCUGACAGACAAGCGUGGUGUGGACAAAAAUGUGGUGCGGCUUUUGAGGGACCGCACUGAAGGGAACACCAUGGUUAAAGUGUGGCGACAAAUUCAGGAGAAUCAUGUUGAGGAGUAUCUCCACAGGAAAGACCUUUACACCACACUCCUCAUGACUCUCCUGAAGCCUGGGGGAAUUGUGUCGGCCUUAGGACACACGUUUGAGGCUCCACCUCCUCAAAGAGAGCUUCCCUCUGCUCGCCUGCUUCGCCAUGCUUUCCUUCUGGCGGAGGCCAACAACGUACAGGACUACAGGAACCAGAUUCUCUCCACUUUUGGCAAUGUGCUAAAGAUGAACUACACUAAAAAGGUGGUGAAGAAGCUGUCUGGGGAGGGUAAAGGCACGGCGGAGUGGUUUAGCAGCAUAGGCAAUGAGCAUUCGCAGAUUGUCUCAUUUGUUCUUACCUGUGAAGAGUCCACUCAGUGUCUGAAGCCCAUGUGUCAGGGAGUAAUGGACCGCUUCCACCAGGCCAAUCAACCUGUGCCCAACAUCUUGUACAUUGACCGCGGUUGUUGUCGGGCACAAGGCCCAAGCGCUGUGGAGAGCUUAUUCCAGACGUGGGUGGAGAAUGGUAUGGUGGUGCGUUUGGACAUCUUCCACUGAAUACAUCGCUUUGAUGCAGCCAUUCGCACAGACAGCCACUCAAAGUACGCUGUGUUCAAGCUGUUGUUGGAGCUGCUCAUCAAAGCUGUUAGAGCGAAGGACCCGACCGUUUUUGACACCGUGGCUGAUGAAGACAUGGUGCGACUUUAUGUAUCCAGGGAACAGCUGAAGCACCAUGUUCGCAGAGUCACACUUGGGGCUCAGGAAACCUUCCGGCUCAUCCAGAUAGCCAUAGAUGAGCUCAAAGGUCCUGCUGGGGUAGACGAGGGUGGAGUCAGCCUCUUCAAAUCGGCAGAAGCAAUAGACGGUGUAUGGGAAGGCCAGCAACGACACCUAGAGUGCAUUCAGGAUCCUCCAGAGAUGAGCAUGUACAGAGUGGCUCAUAGCACCAACAUCAACAGGAUGGAAGUACCUUAUUUCAAAUGUCUCCGUGGAAGCAACAGCCUGGAAGGAUUCUACAAAACUCUGCCUCACAUGAUACCAGGUCCCCACUGUGCUGCACGUCCAUAUCAAGUUUACCUGAUUAGUGGAAUCGCUCGGUGGAACUCAGACCGCAGCUCUGAUGCUGUGUUUGGUAGUAAAGGCAGAAAACUCAGAUCCUACUCUGCGCCUCUGAUCGAGCGCCUUAACACCCUCUGCCAGCAGCUGUUUGGAGAAACCGUGGAGAAGAAUUUCCGUGCCCCUGCUGCUGUGACUUCAAAUGAGCUGCUUGGUUUGGAGUACCACUUUAGCCAAAGCACAGGUGAAUCUGUUGCCUUCUCCCUCAGUGACCUCUCAAAGGACGGGCCCAGUCCAGAGGAGGAAGUGGUUCAGCCUGACGAGCAUGACCCCAAUGAGGAGGACGAUGCCUAACAGAGCGAUCCUGAGGCCGACCAGGACAGGGUGACUACUGACCCGGCCCACAUAAACCUUACCACGGAGGAGACCACCACUGCUUACCCUCCAGCCUUUGAGGAUGCCUGUAGCCCCAACCCGCUGCCUGGAUUCCAGCAGCUGGAAAACUUCUGUUCUCUGCUUGUGGAGAUUGGCAAGACUGAGAAUAAGCUGAGCCUGAUGACAGAGCAAAGGAACAGGCUUGCGCCGCAUGGCACGCUGUAAGGGAACAUGACAAGCAACCACAGAAGUUUCAUCAGCUGUACAGAACACACUGGGGUAACACGUUGUAUUGCCGCACAGGGACGAUCUUGCUGAUGCUGCUGUGAUUCAGCGGGUCAAGAUGGCCAAACGCUACGCACCGGCUCAGCAGGACAUCAGCGCUCAGCAAAACCGACUAAUGUACACACUGAUCAAACUUCUUUGCCUGGGCUUACCUCAAAGAUCCAAAGCAAGCCCAGAAAAAACAUCCAUCCUGAAAGCCUAUGAGAGAAUUCAGCACUGCAUAUUGGUGGAGGAUUCAGUGUAAAGUGGGUAUUCCUCUAUCAAAAAUUAACAUCAAGACGGUGAGGGAUUUCAUCCGUCGUCAAGAGAGGCUCGUCAACCUACAGUCAACAAGAAUGCCAUCAGCCACAAUAUCAAAGACUGCGUCUGUCUCCUCAAAAGACUUACCUCCAGCACCACAUCAACCGUCGGUUCUCCCUCCACCUGUCUAUCAACAAAUUGUGUAUGAACACAUUCCCAGCAAGGCAGGGACCAAGGUCUUAAAAGAACAAUCAGACAUGGUAAUGACAGCUCAUAAAACCUUGUCCCGGGUAAUGCCAGCUAUGUCUACUGUCUUCAGACCUCCACCAAGUAUCACUUCAUCUACUGCUCCUACACAAGUGAUUCCGGCCACGUCGUUGGAAGCCCUCACACACAAAUGGAUUCACAAAGAAAGGCUUUUAAAAUCGACUCUGAUACAACGGCAAUGUGGCCGUCGCCUCAAGCCUAGAGUGCAGGUGUGAUCGAGCCGAAGGACGUCACGUCACGUAACGUACUGGACAGACAUAAGGUCAAAGAUCAGACGUAACACAAUGGAAGCAAUCUUUUGGUUUUGUUUGUACAGGUCGUAGUGUCAAAUGUUCAUAGACUAACGUUAUCAACACGUUACAUAUUUCAGUGGUGUACAUAUUUGUUUCUCUACAUAAUAGACGGGAUACAGCCACCUCCACCGGGCAAGCGCACUUCAAAACCGUAUAAUUUGCAUCACUCUAAAAACAGUUGAUUUAUAUUUUGUAUUAUUGUAAGGUUAUGUGUAGGAUUGGGGUAGGCGUAGGGGUUAGCUUAUGUAAUUUAUUGCAAUUAUAUGGCGAGAUGUUGCACCACUUCCGGACGUAGCUACAUCCCUUCGACGUAGAAAUGGCUAAACAACAUUACAAUUCGAACGGCGGGCACUUUGAGCGGCAGGAUCCACCGAUGCAAACCGGACCGGUGGCGGUUUCGAGGCUAGGAGGGGGUGUAAGGAAGACCCAUAAUUACACGUGUGAUUAUGUUCGCAAUAACGUCAGCAGUGUGACGACGAGACAAUAACGGAGCCGUUUUUGGGCUUGUAUUAUUAAGGAUAAGAUUAGGCACAAAUGUGUGCAUAUUGUGAAUGGUGACCGAGUCAAUUCACUUGUCUAAGAAAAUAAUGAAUUCAGUCAUUCACGGUAAACUGUGUGGC